AUGAACCAUUCAAGACGAUCUGUGCAAGCAUCUCGUCUCCAGUCUUCAGUUGCAACCCAUCACCACGACUUGUAUACAGAAACCUAUCGAGCAGCAUGUCUCGCCAUCAAACUCGAUCGUCUCGGCCAAUUCGUUCAGGCAUCACAGCAAUACAAAAAGGUCAUUGAGAUGUUUAAAGACUUGAUGGAAUUAUGCGAUCAAGAUGUCCGGAUUGAACGACAACAGCUUGAACAAAAGAUGAAUGAAUACGUGCAUCGAAGUGAGCAAUUGAGUCGGUACAAUACGGGUAUCGCCAAUGGUGUCCCAGCAGCAGCCCAUCCUGACGCGGAAAUGCAUCGCUUGUACAACGUUCCCGAUGAUAUGGAUGAUCACCAAGUGGAAGGAGAUGAGGAUGACGAGGAUGAUGAUGAGGCCCGUUUAAUUCGUUGGCAUCUUCAAAAGGGCAAGUUUUCCAUGAUCCAAGGAGAAGUGAAUGAUAAAAAGGGACAUGUCGAGGAGGCGUUGGAGUACUACAUGGAUUCAGCUGACUGGUACAAAAAGGCAUACGAAGAUCUUGGUCAUGAUCCUCAGCGUCGAGCCUUUGCAAAAAACAUGUGUCUGAAUGCUGUGGAUAAGGCAGAGGAGCUCAAGGCAAUGACGAUGCAUCAAAAGACACAAUUGCUAAGUGUUCGAAAUGAGAAAGCGCAUACGAGGCCUGUGCUUGGAAGACAUCGUGCCUCUUCGACAUCAUCCACUCGAUCCAAUCGAUCCGCCGUAUCCAUCGAGUCUUCCUCAUACCCUAACGGCAAAACGGGAACAUGUGACAGCCCACAGAGCAGCAAUAGUACAACGGGUGGUGAUCUACUUGCACAGCGUUUAUCAUCGGCAGAACUCGAAGUCCUCAAAUACAGCUCCAAUGUCAAUAACAACAUUUUCCUUCCAUGGAUUGAUGAUACCGAUCUAAAAGAAAAGUUUGCAUACCCCAAUCGUUUCAUUGAUCCGGAUGGCACGCUUCGACUCUCUGAAAAGCAAAUGGCAAAAUUUGGAGGAUGGAAACGACCCACUGAAUUCAUGAAGAACCCACAAUUGAUCCGAUUGAUCUCAAGCACAAGCAUUGUUCAAGAUGUUGUCACCGAUUGUUCCUUUGUCGCAUCAUUGUGUGUCGCUGCAGCUUAUGAACGCAAAUACAAACAACAGUUGAUUACCUCCUGCAUCUAUCCACAAGACAUCAAUGUGGUGGAUGAUUUACUACCGGUGUCACGUGAUGGAACAUUGAUGUGCACGUUUUCUACCCACAAGGAGGAAUUAUGGGCCAGCAUCAUUGAAAAAGCAUAUAUGAAACUCAUGGGCGGAUAUGAUUUCCCUGGAUCGAACUCAGGGAUUGACUUGUACUCACUCACUGGCUGGAUUCCGGAGCAUAUUUUCAUCCAUGACAAACAUUUCGUAUCAGACAAAGUAUGGGAUCGGAUUCUUGAAGGAUCAAAAUAUGGCGAUGUUCUCGUUACGAUUGCGACGGGUGAAAUGUCUGAAGACGAAGCGGAUCAUCUUGGAUUGGUACCCACCCAUGCCUAUGCCGUCAUUGAUAUCAAAACAGUUCAGGGCAAGCGAUUUAUGCAAGUCAAGAACCCAUGGAGCCACAAACGAUGGCGAGGCCCCUUUAGUCAUCUGGAUACGGCCGCUUGGACCCAUGAUUUGAAAAACGCGCUCAACUAUGAUCCCUACAUCGCAGAGCAAAAUGAUGAUGGCAUCUUUUGGAUCGACUUUGAAUCCGUGUGUACGCAUUUUACAUCCAUCCACUUGAAUUGGAAUCCAGAGCCAUUCACACACCGCUAUGUAUUGCAUUCGUUAUGGCAUGGCCAUAUUGGUCCCAAGAAGGAUGUUUACAAUCUGGGCUACAAUCCUCAAUUCAGUUUGCAAAUCACCGUCCCUGAUAGAAAGCCAGCAGCAGUAUGGCUACUUUUGUCCAAGCACGUGAUGGUGACAGAGGAAAACACUGAUUACAUCACGCUACACAUUUAUGAUAACACCGGUGGUCAACGUGUUUAUUAUCCAGGAGAUCCCUUCAAAGAGGGUACCUAUGUCAACAGCCCCCAUAUCUUGGUCCGAUUCAAUGCUCCUCCUGGCACUAGCGAAUAUACCAUUGUGGCAUCACAGCAUGAAAAGGCUCAAUCAUUGUAUUUCACUCUUCGAGCUUGGUCACUCGCUCCCAUCAAUUUGGCCGAAGUCCCUAUGCGCUAUUCCAUUGAAGAAAAGAUUGUUGGCCAAUGGACUGAACAAACAGCAGGUGGCAAUGCAUCCAAGCCGACGUAUCUUAACAACCCCCAAUGGAAAAUCGACAUUCCAGUUCCUGAAGAGUACGCAGCGGAUGCAGGAUUGUUAUUGAUGCUUGAAGCACCUAAAUCAUUUGCUGUGCAUUUGAUGCUUGUGGAAGGUGGCAAGCGAGUAUCCAGUGUAUCGGUACGCGAUGUGCUUGCAGAAUCAGGACCUUAUCGGCAUGGAUUUUGUUAUUGUGAGCUUGCUCAAAUUGCACCCGGUAGUUAUACGGUGGUAGCGUCCACCUUUGAGCCUGAUCUUAUUGGACAAUUUAUUUUGACGGUGGCAUCCAGUACCAAGAUCCAUACGGAGGCUAUACCGGCUGAAGGCGCUGGAAUGUUCCGUAAGGUGCUACAUGGUGAAUGGAUUUGCGGAUACAGUGCCAUGGGGUGUCCUAGCUACGGUCACUAUGGCAACAACCCACGCUAUCACUUGGAGAUUCGAGAAUUGACAACGGUCAAGGUGCGUUUGCAAGCCAACAAGAUUGAGCCUGUGCCAUCCAUCAAUGUUACCAUCUUCGAGAAACACCCAACCGAUUUAUUUGGACGAGAAGUGGCAACCUCUGGCCCAUAUACCAAUGUUGUACAGGGUGUGGCUACCAGUGAAGUGGUUCUAAGCCAGAAUCAAACAGGCUAUAUUAUCGUACUCGCCACACAUGAAAAGAAUAUUGCUGGUGAAUUUACAGCCACCUUGUAUAGCGAUCGACCUGUCAAUGUUCGAAACGACCGGUAG